AUGGAGUCAAAUUACAAACCGGCCAUUGAAACCCAGCACGAGCCUGACCGUGCUGCUAACGAGUCUUCUCGACAUGGAGCGCAACCUGUAGCUUACGUAGCAACCCCUUCCCGAUCUCCAGAUAAUGUCGGUAAUCAAAAGGAAUUUACGGAAAACCUUACGCCCGCUACUUCAAUAUCGACUAUCGCUGGACUACCUGGACCGAUAAAUACCGAUGUUGCAUACGAUCGAACUUCGAGCAUAUCUUUAUCGUAUAGUGCGAGCUCGGAUCGCCAGCCUGGUCACCGCCCAAGCAUUAGCGAUGCCACAGAUCCUGCUGAUAGGGUUUUCCCCAUCCGAUCUACAAUAAGCGUGGAUAGUUCACAGCCGGCUCCCGCGACACCCUCGACGCCAAUACGGAAUCCAGGGGAUCAUAACUAUUUAACUCGCCAAGGGACGACUUGGGAUGGCCGUCGGCGACAGAGCAAUUCGCAUGCUUCGAUCGAAAUUCAUGGGGAUCCACAACGAGUCAGGAACGGCUCAAUUACUCUUACAUCGCCGCCUGCUGGAUCACCAAAUGAAAGAAAUGCCGGAAGAACUCUGAAUAGAAAAGGGGAUAUUUCUAAUUCUAUGAGGAGUCCGCCACCAAAAUCAGAAAGAGCAGCUUCCGAGGGGCCGCUACUCUUCAGCUAUGCGUCUUCAGAUAAUUCCGAUAGAACGAGAGAAAGCACAUCUACGAGGGCGGGGGAAAGCCAUUUCGCAGAUUCUUCCGGGCCUAAGUCUCCCGGAGAGCUUAACGAUACGAAUGACAACUUAGUGACAGUGCGCUUUCGCCAUGUGGUGACUGAGGAAGGUCACGCUGUUAUUACAGGCCGAGAUGGAGCCCUAGAAAGGUGCGAAGAUGAACCAAUUCAUGCUCCCGGGGCUAUCCAGCCAUUUGGCCUCCUUGUCGCCUUCACAGAGGAGACGGAUGGUAGGCUUAUUGUUCGCUGCGUGAGUGAAAAUUCGAAGAGGAUUAUAGGGUUUUCGCCCCAAGAAUUAUUUCAACUGGAAAGUUUCACAGAAAUCUUCACCGAGGAACAAGCCGAUAAUCUUCUCGACCAUGUAGAUUUCAUCCGAGAUGAAGAGGCGGAUCCAGCUACUAAUGGACCUGACGUGUUUAGUAUAUCUGUACGGCCACCUCAGAGAAGGACGGUCAAACUCUGGUGUGCCAUACAUGUCAACAAUAGCCACCCAGAUUUGAUUAUAUGCGAGUUUGAGCUGGAGGAGGACGCUGAGCACCCUCUUCGACCGCCCGGUGAACUAACUCCAGACGAACCUGAGGACACGCUUUAUCAGAAUCCGUCAAUGGAAGAGUUGCAUGAAAGUACUGAAAUCACCAGUAGACCUCUCAGGAUACUUAGAAGCGCACGUCAGAGACGAGGUGAAGCUGGUGCAAUGCAAGUUUUCGAUAUCAUGUCUCAAGUCCAAGAGCAGUUAGCAUCCGCACCAAACUUGGACAGAUUCCUUAAAAUAUUAGUGGGAAUCGUCAAAGAGCUUACGGGAUUUCAUCGAGUUAUGAUCUAUCAGUUCGAUGCGGCAUUCAACGGGAAAGUCGUGACUGAACUUGUUGACCCUGCGAAGACUCGCGAUCUCUAUUACGGAUUGCAUUUUCCGGCUUCUGAUAUUCCGAAACAGGCGCGUGACCUCUACAAAGUCAACAAAGUACGGUUACUUUAUGAUCGAGAUUUAGAGUCUGCAAGGCUUGUUUGUCGGUCUGCAAAGGACCUAGAACGACCUCUUGAUCUUAGCCAUUCUUACCUCCGCGCAAUGUCUCCCAUUCAUCUUAAAUAUCUCGGUAAUAUGGCAGUCCGAUCCUCUAUGUCUAUAUCAAUCAAUGCGUUCAACGAGCUAUGGGGACUUAUCGCGUGUCAUAGCUAUGGUUCUAAGGGGAUGCGAGUCCCAUUCCCUAUUAGAAAGCUCUGCCGACUUGUUGGAGAUACAGCGUCGCGCAACAUAGAGCGCCUCUCCUAUGCAUCGCGUCUACAAGCUAGGAAACUUAUCAACACUAUGCCGACCGACAAGAACCCAUCUGGCUAUAUCACAGCCUCUUCUUCGGAUUUAAUAAAGCUUUUUGACGCUGAUUUUGGUAUGUUGUCUAUACGAGGCGAGACUAAGAUAUUAGGGAAGAUCGAGCAAACCCAGGAGCCUCUGGCUAUGUUGGAGUAUUUGCGUCUGAGGAGUUUUACUUCUGUUCUGACAUCGCAGGAUAUCCGCGAAGAUUUUCCCGAUCUCCGUUAUCCUCCUGGAUUUUCUGUCGUCGCUGGCCUAUUGUAUGUUCCCUUAAGUGUAGGUGGGAACGAUUUCAUCGUCUUUUUCCGCAAGGGCCAAGUCAGAGAGGUUAGAUGGGCAGGCAAUCCAUAUGAGAAGGUUGUCAAAGAAGGUACCUCGAGUUUUCUGGAACCGCGAUCGAGUUUCAAGGCAUGGCACGAGAUUGUCAUUGGCAAAUGUAGGGAAUGGAAUGAGGAACAGGUGGAGACCGCAGCAGUAUUAUGCUUAGUUUAUGGCAAGUUCAUCGAGGUUUGGAGACAAAAGGAGGCAGCCUUGCAAAGUAGCCGACUGACUCGACUCCUACUGGCGAAUUCGGCACAUGAGGUUCGCACACCAUUAAACGCCAUAAUUAACUGUUUAGAGAUUGCUAUGGAAGGGCCACUCGACCACGAAACCCGCGAAAAUUUAGCACGGUCUCAUUCGGCGUCCAAAUCGCUCAUUUAUGUAAUCAAUGACCUCCUCGACCUUACUAACAUGGAAGAAGGCCAGAAUUUGAUCAAAGACGAGGUCUUGGACUUACUAGGAUGUAUUCAUGAGGCCACGGAGCCUUUUAAGGUAGACGCCAAACGAAAAUCUUUAUCGUACGAAGUCAUCGAUCAUCCUGGCCUUCCUCGAUACGUACAUGGCGAUUUUCGCCGGGUACGACAGGCUGUUGCAAACGUAACAGCGAAUGCUAUAAAACAUACAAGCAAGGGUUCGGUAGUUGUUGAAUCGUACGUCACUGAAGUCCUUGAGACCCGCGUCAAAGUUGAAAUUGUUGUCCAAGAUACAGGCAAUGGUAUGAGUAAUGAAAAGUUGGAUAAUCUGUUCCGAGACUUGGAACAGGUAAGCGCGGAUGUGGAUGACUCUACGCCUGUUGAAAAUAUCGAGAAGCCGGGCGAGGGCCGAACUUUGGGAUUAGGCCUUGCAGUGGUUGCAAGAAUAGUGCGAAAUAUGAAUGGUCAGCUUCGGUUAAAGUCUGAAGAGGGAAAAGGAUCAAGAUUUGUAAUUCAACUUCCCUUCGACUUGCCAACAGAAGAGUCACUUGACAAGCUCGGUGCUAAACGCGCAUCUGUCAACCCUAAGGUAAUAUCGAGCACUGCUUCUAUCACUAAGGCCAUGCCAUCGAUGGAUAUGGACGAAGUUAUGCUUAUUGAUAAGGGAAGCACGAACCCAGUCAAUGCUCAGAGGCGUGGGAGCACCGAAAGGAGGAGCUUUGAUGAGACAAAAAGUAUAUCUAGCGCAAGGAGCGCUGCUAGCAACAGUGGCCAGAGCAACAAAAGUGAUGCCGAUCGUUUGAUUGACGCUAUUCAAACACCUCUAACUAUCGGAGGACUUGAUGAAAAGACGGGCAGUAUAAAACAUAUAAGCCCUAAAGAACGACAAGACUCGCAUCACACUAUGGUUAAUCCACCCACUACCGAGAGGAAUAGUCUAGAACGACCAAGUACCUUGCAGCGAUCAAAUUCAGCAAUGUCGGAUGGUUCCUACCCUAUCACAGAUACCAAAACGUCACUCAAACCUGUCAAGGUGCCAGAUGAAUUCUUCGAUCGUCCGCUAAGAUCGACAGCUAGCCAAGCACCUAAGAUACCAUAUGAAAUUGCCGGAGUCACUAAACCUGACGGAGGACAAACUAACGCACAUAUGCUAGCCCCCCCUCCACCCCAUCUCAAUAACCUGAAGGUGCUUGUGGCAGAAGAUGAUCCGAUCAACAUGAAGAUUCUUCAGAAGCGCCUAGAGAAAGCCGGACACGAAGUCUACCAUGCUGUUAAUGGCGAAGACUGCGCAGCCGUUUAUAGGGAAAGACCCGGUGCUUUCGAUGUCAUUCUUAUGGACAUGCAGAUGCCUAUCGUCGAUGGCCUUAGUAGUACGAAGAUGAUACGAGCGUUUGAAAAGGCCGAAAAAUGCCUAGAGCUCUCAACUUUGGCUGCCGCUCACAAGAGAACCCCGAUCUUUGCUGUGUCAGCUUCUCUUUUGGAACGGGACAGCCCAACUUAUAUGGCGGCCGGAUUUGAUGGUUGGAUUCUUAAACCGGUCGAUUUCAAGCGACUCAACAUUAUACUCGAUGGGAUUUCCAAGGAAGAUAUUCGGACAGGGUGCUUUUACGUCCCUGGCCAAUGGGAGAAAGGCGGAUGGUUCGAAAGGGAAUCGACGAGCGAGGGAGGGGUGGCUUAACGAAGUAAAACGUCGCGACCUAUAGAAACACGACCGGCGGCUCUAUAGCCACACUCUUCUCGCAGCACCUCGAAAGCGAGUGUUACAUUGGGCUAAUAAUAUUAACAAUGAUGCGUCGUGAUAGACUUCGGAGGCUCCUAAAGGGAGCGAGACUCGAAUCAUGUUUUCAUGAAGCUGGAUACCAUAGAAACGGCCGAUAAAUCUAAUCUAAUUCAAGCAAGAAAACCGACGAUAUGCUCACGCAUCUUCAUACGUUUAGAGGAUUACGGAUGGGUCCGGCAACAUUCAGAUCUAUUUCAUAUCUGCUAUAGAAGGGUCCAAGAGCGGGUCUCUUCGUCUUGC